CACUCUAAUGCCCCAAAAUGCCUUUUGAAAACCUGAGAUGGGAAACUUUAGAAGCUUUGAAAAACUCUCCGAAAGGGAAACUCAAAUACAGCCCUGACUGGCUGGAGAACAGAGAGAUGAACGUGGUACCUUCAGUUGUUUGGAAAUUGCUCCCAAGGAUGAACCAGACUUGUGGAGGUCCAGAAUUUAGUUUCUGAGGUCUUGGCUGAUUUCUUUUGAUUUUCCCAUGAUGUCAAGCAAAGAGGCACUGAGAUUGAAGGCAGGCCUUAAAAUACAUCCACAGGAUAUUCUCUCAGGCUGUAUUGAGGUCUCCAGUCUGUCUCCUCUGUCUGGUCAGAUCUUAAAGAGACUGAGCCCUCGACCGCUGCUGAACAGCUGCUCUCUGGGUUCUUCAGUCCGUGACACGAGUCCCAGUGUUUCUGAUGACGCUUCAGUCUGCCGUUCAGUUCCCAUCAGUCCGGAUCGGAUCUCACCCAGCACUUCUGCACCUCCAGUCUCCAUCCAGACAGAAGAGGAGGAUGAGAAGGAAGCAGAGGACAUACAGGAAGCUCCAGUUGCCAGUCCUGAUAGGACUGUCAGCUCUCCCCCAGGAAUCUCCGUCCUGUCGCCCCGAGCAACGCAGAUGGCCGGUUGUAUCCGCAUGUGUGAACAAAAACACAGGGCUAAAGCAAAGGUGGAGCUGAGUUUGAGACAGGAGCAGCAGGAGCGUGUGGUGGCAAUGGUGGCCAGUCGCGAGUCAGAGCAGCUCAAACGAUUCGAGGAGUUCAUGGAGCUUAAACAGAGACAAGAAUACCAGAGUAUGAGAGACAUGAUGGAGAAAGAGACACAGGAGAGUCUCGGCCGUCAAGAGAAACUGCGAGAGGAACACAGGCACCGAAUGAAGAUCUUGAACCUGCGUCUGAGGGAGGCGGAGCAACAGCGCCUGCGGGAGGCGGAGCUUGAGCGGCAGAGGCAGAUGGAGGGCAGAGAGAGACUCAGAACGCUUAAUGCCAUUCAGGAGGAAGUGCUACAGCUCAACCAGCUCUUGCAGCCAGCACCGCCCACACAGACAGGUCCCGCCCCUGACCACACCCCCUACAUCACCCGUGGUAACCAGCUGUGCUCACAGGUGUCAGAGGUGGUGCGGACCACAACAGAGGGUCAGUUUCCUAGUGGGGAGGACAUGGCUGUGGCAGAGCGGGCACUACAGGAAAUGAGGUCACUGGUCAGAGCUCUGCAGGAAGAGAUGGCACAGGCUGCAGAGAGAAAGAAGAAGGAACAGGAGGAAGAGGAAGAGAGGAAACGACAGGCGGAGCUGAAAGCCCAACAAGAAGAGCAGAAGAGAAAUGCAGAGCAGUCCACUAAAGAGAAGGCAAGGAAAGAGGGUCUGCAGAUGAGAGCAGACGACAACACUUUAAAGUGGUACAACGAACUGCAGGAAGUGGCCAGACAGUGUGCUUUGUCUUUUGAAGAUCUCAGCGCUAAAGACACACAGACGAAGAAAUUAAAAAUGGAGCUCCAAAAGGCUGCAACCAUUCCUGUGAGCCAGAUAGCAAGCACUUCAGGUUCUCCGCUGAGGGAGAUCUUUGAUAAGAUUGAUAAGCUGUUGUCAGGGCGACCAGUGACGUCCAGUGGAAAGUCAGUGUCCACAUCGCAGCAUCCACAUGGGCUAGAGUUUGUUAGCUAUAAACUGGCAGAAAAGUUUGUGAAACAAGGAGAAGAGGAGGUGGCAUCUCAUCAUGAGGCAGCUUUCCCUAUCGGGGUCGUGGCGUCAGGCGUGUGGGAACUCCAUCCUAAAGUUGGAGAUCUUAUACUGGCUCACCUCCAUAGGAUGUGCCCAUAUGCUGUGCCACACUACCCACCUAUGAAAGAUGGCAUGUCAGUGGAUGAGUACCAGAAGAUUCUGGGAUACCGUGUGGAUGACUCACAAGUAGAGGGUCAGGAUAGUUUUUUGAAAAGAAUGUCGGGAAUGAUUCGUCUGUAUGCGGCGAUAAUCCAGCUGAGAUGGCCUUAUACUAACAAACAAGGGCCUCAUCCUCAUGGAUUGAAUCACGGCUGGCGCUGGCUGGCACAGAUACUCAACAUGGAGCCUCUCGCUGAUGUCACGGCAACGAUUAUCUUUGACUUCCUGGAGGUGUGUGGAAAUGCCCUUAUGAAGCAAUAUCAAGGCCAGUUCUGGAAACUGCUGCUGCUCAUUAAAGAAGAAUACUUUCCAAGAAUUGAAGCAGUCACCAGCUCCGGUCAGAUGGGCUCUGUAACCAGAUUGAAGCAGUUUUUAGAGACCUCUCUAAGAACAAAGCAGAUCCCCUCUCCCAAGGGCCAGCUGACCUCCACCUUCUGGAGGUCCUGAUUGGUGAACAACGGUGUACCUCUGCUGGAUAUCAAGUGAUCAAAUAUGGCGUUUCUGUCUAAAUGGAUUGAAUAUGUUUACAUAAGUGUCAAAUGCAGAUAGGAUUAAUUUAAUGAAGCAUCAUGCCAUCUUAAGUUUGUGUACUUUCUUUUAUCUGUGCAUUUGAGAAAAUGUUGACUUUGUUUGUAAUAUUCGUGCGUAUUUUAAUUGUAACCACUGUAUCCAUUUCCAAUGAUUUUUUUUUUUUGAUAAACUGUUACGCCAAAACCAAAAAAUAAGCCUUAUUUUUGGAAUAGGAUGAUGGACUGUAAUCUCAUGCGCAUGUAUAGGAAUGAAAUGUAUAUUGACAUGGAUAUUUACGAUUUUUUAUGACAUAAGGAUUAAACAAAAACGCCUACUGAUGCACUGCUUUGCAUGUGUUGUUAAAUCAGAAAGUGGCUUUUGAUCGAUUGAACUUGUAUUGAACCCUAAAUAUUCCUUUUAAAAAAAUGUUAUCCCCUUUUCUCCCAAUUUGAAAUGCCCAAUUCCCACUACUUAGUAGGUCCUCAUGGUGGCGCGGUUGCUCACCUCAAUCCGGGUGGCGGAGGACAAGUCUCAGUUGCCUCCGCUUCUGAGACCGUCAAUCCGUGCAUCUUAUCACGUGACUCGUUGUGCAUGACACCGCGGAGACUCACAGCAUGUGGAGGCUCAUGCUACUCUCCACGAUCCACGCACAACUUACCACACGCCCCAUUGAGAGCGAGAACCUCUAAUCGUGACCACGAGGAGGUUACUCCAUGUGACUCUACCCUCCCUAGCAACCGGGCCAAUUUGGUUGCUUAGGAGACCUGGCUGGAGUCACUCAGCACACCCUGGAUUCGAACUCACGACUCCAGGGGUGAUAGUCAGCGUCAAUACUCGCUGAGCUACCCAGGCCCCCGGAAUAUUCCUUUAAGAUUUCUCCUUUUGUGUUCCACAGAAGAAAGUAAGUAAGUUGAGUAGCCUAAAUGAACUACUCCUGUAAAUAUAAUUUAUGCCGCCUUUCAACACUACCACAACCAGGGGCAGACUGGGACUUAAAAGUGGCCCUGGACUUUCUGGCACAGAGUGGCCCACCAAACCCGGCCCGUAACACACCGGCUCGUUGAUUUCAUUUUUUGGCUCAAUUUAAAAUGUUUGUGUUGAAAAAAAAAAAAAGACAUUUCUAUUGACUGCUAGUGACAGCGGACCCCACAGUGCAAAAAUCAUCAUAACUUUAGAAGUUCCCCAGAUUAUUCUUGAGCAAAUGUGAAAAGCCCAAUGCUUUGACAAGCGCUGUUUUUGCUAUCCUUUAAACUAAGUAAGCCUCAAAGAUUCAAAGUAAUAUUUUUCAUGACUUAUUUUCUGCAUUUUUAUCAAGCGCGAGCAUUAUUCAGCAUGCCGCACUUCAGCUCCCUGCGGUGUGAAUAAAUUAUGCAAAUGACUAUGUACUGCUCUUUACUGUUUGCCGAUUGUAUAUACACUGCUGUUAUUGUGUUUGUUGUAACUUGCAGUUGUAAUUAUUCAGAGCUCAUCUUAUACUUAAUAUGUUGUCUUUGUCACCAUUAUUGUGAUUUGUACCUUAAAUAAUGAGGUCCACGUGAGUUCAUGCGCAUAUACGAAUAUGCGCUACGAUGUGCGAGUAGUUUCAAAAUAAAAGCCAUGUCAGUUUU